ACGGGACUCCUCCGCCCCCAUUACAUUAAUUUGCUUCCUUCUUCUCUUCUCUUCUCUACUCAUCAUGGUCAUGGACUCCCUCGCGAUCGCCACCGCCACCACCACCACCUCCCGCUCUCUCUCCUUCUCCUCCACCCCUCUCCACCGCCGCCGCCGCCGUGCCUCCUUCCUCCCCGUCGCCGCCUCCAAGCGCCGACACGACGACGAUGACGACGAGGAGGAGGGAGCCGGCCACGAGCACACCAGCCUUGCGCCGUACGCCGGCCUCUCCCUCUCGCCGCUCUCCAAGGAUGCGGCCAUGGGGCUGGUGGUGAGCGCCGCCACGGGGAGCGGCUGGACGACGGGGUCGGGGAUGGAGGGACCGCCCAAAGCCGCCGGUGGGGCGGACCGCCCGGAGGUGUCGACGCUGCCAUGGUCGCUCUUCACCAAGUCCCCGCGGCGGCGGAUGCGGGUGGCCUUCACCUGCAAUGUGUGCGGUCAGCGGACCACGCGCGCCAUCAACCCGCACGCCUACACUGACGGCACCGUCUUUGUUCAGUGCUGUGGGUGCAACAUAUUCCAUAAGCUGGUCGACAACCUGAACCUGUUCCAUGAGAUGAAAUGCUACGUUGGUCCGGACUUCCGCUACGAAGGAGAUGCACCGUUCAACUAUCUGGACCGUGGCGAGGAUGGUGACAAUAUCUUUCCAAUUCUGUGAGGGAAACCUGACAUGUUUCAGUGCAUGACGAUGGAUAUCAAUAUGUAAUAAGCAUGCAUAUGUUGUUAAUCUGGAGGGUGCCUUGAGUUCUUAUACUACCCUGGAACUUGUAGUACUGUGCAAAUUCAGAUGUAUAUAGUUAAUUGUACUCCUAGCGCACACGCUACGGUGCAAACAUUAUACAGCUAGUAGAUAAUAGUAAUAGAUAUAAAGAACCUUACUAUGC